UUCAAUAUUAACGAUCGGUUCAUAAUAUCUACGUGAGGUUUUGUUCAUGGUAUCAGAGCAGUGAUUAAGAUCCUGCAACCAAUCGAACAACAACGUGACGAUGGCCAACGACUCAAAUAACAACGACAACCAGAUGAACAACGAUGGCGGACGAAACAAGAUCAAUGAUAUUUCUUCUCCGUAUUACCUUUUUUUAUUUUAUUUUUUCCGGAUCAAACCACCCUUGGUGGAGGAAGUGCCGGGGAACACUUCCAAAAUUUAUUCAUAAAAAUUAAAAGUUACAAGAAAUUUAAAGAUGCUUGAGUUGAAAGAAAGAUACAUAGAAAACAGAGAAACACUAGCAAUUGAAAUUUAAAGAUGCUUGGGUCAAACUGUUACUGCGUAUUUCAGAGAGCUCAAAACACUUUGGGACGAUUAUGACGGUCUCAGGGCAAAACCGCAAUGUAAGUGUAAUGGGUGUACGUGCGAUCUCAAUUAACAAUUUCUCAGGCUUGUUGAAAUUGAGAAAACCCAUGAGUUUCUUCUCGGCCUUGAGCAUGAAGGGUUCGGCGUGCUGCGAUCCAACAUCUUAAGCAAGGAUGAACUUCUGUCCAUGACUAAAGUUUACCAGGCUGUGACUCAGGAAGAAAGGCACCGUAACAUGAUUAGAGGCAGAGAAGAACGAACUCAAGUUAUGGCUCAUGCUACAAGGACCGGAGACGGACGGGAUGAGAAGCUCAAGUGCACAUUCUGCCACAAAACUGGACACGAGGUAGACAACUGCUUCAAGAAAACUGGCCGCUACCCGGAGUGGUGGUAUGACAACCCCGGACGAGGAAGAGGUAUUGGCCGGGGGAAAGAACAUAGUGGUCCUGGACGCGGACGAGGGAAGGCAGUUGCUCACGCCGUGAUUGGGGAGGCAAGCGAAGAGAAACACGGUGAAGGCGUUAUACAGAACAAAGUGGCUGGCCUUUCAGAUGAGCAAUGGAAAGUAUUGUUGCAGCUUGUUGAAAAUAGUAAGGCAGCAUGCUCAGGAGAAAAAUUAUCAGGUAUGCCGUAUGAACUUGGCUGGCUCUUAGACUCUGGAGCCUCUUAUCACAUGACGGCUAGAGCGGAUCUUUUUUACAAAAUUGAUAAGUUGAAUCCGAUACCGGUUACUAUGCCAGACGGUAAAAUUACUUAUGCAACGUGCGUUGGAGAAAUACACAUGAGUCCCAAAAUACACAUAAAAAAUGUACUCUUGGUUCCCGGAUGGAAUUGCAACUUGAUAUCAGUUGCACGCCUUAUUGAUGACAUAAAAUGUGAAAUUUAUUUUGCUAAUGACAUUUGUGUAAUACAAGACCAACCUUCGAGGAUGCCGAUUGGAGUGGCUAAACGGAAAGGAGGAGUUUAUUAUUUUCACUUUCUGGACAGAAUUCAAGCUCAUUCAAUCAAGGGUGUUCAUUCAGGUGAUUUAUGUCAUUCAAGAUUAGGGCAUCCGUCCAAGACAGUUCUGCGUCUAGUUAGUGAUUUAAAUCACUCGUUAUUUCAAGUUGAUUUGAAUAAUGUUUGUGAUGCGUGUUUACGUGGAAAACAAACUCGUGAUUCCUUCAAUAAUAAUUUAGCUAAAGCUGUUGAACCAUUUGAGUUGAUUCACUAUGAUAUCUGGG